AUGGCCGCUGAUCCUCUUUCGCCUAUUGCGCCUGCGCGUCUGAGGGCACUCUUGCUUCCUGUUGGGAGGAUAAAACGGUCGAGGUUCCUGAGCUUUGCCGCGAGGCUUCAGGCGGAAAAUGUUGUUCGCCUGGGGGACAUCAGUCCCAAUGCGCGACCCAAUCGAAGUAGGCACUGUCGCGAUCCCAAGAAGAAGCAUGACUGCUGUGUUGGCAUCUUUCGAGAACCGUUAGUGGUCAUUGCCAUAGCGGAUGGUGCAGAAUUACCCGGGAAAUUUCAGGAGGAUGAAGGGCAACCUGCUACUCAAGACGGUCAAAGACCGCAUGGGCUAGAUCGGCUUCUGGAGGAACUUGAGUUGCUUCAAGAGAGAAACCCGCGGGCCUUGGUCCAUCAACUUAUGGUCUUCGAUCGUGAAGGAGUCAACAAGCUCUCCAAUGGCCGCGAAGGCGUUACAUGGAUUCCGAAGCCGGAGUUGUCUAAGGCUACUACCAUGAAGACUGCAUUGUGUGACAUCACGUCGCUACUUCUUUCUGAACUUGACGAAUUCGCGAAGCGCAUACAGAGCAUCCCAUUCAUUGAUUCGCCCAAAGCUUCAUCCUGGGGGCCUCGUCGUGGUCCGAGCCUACGCGCACGUCCCACGGACAAGCUCAUUCAUCGAAUGACCCUGCCUGCACAUCUGCCCUCCCACCCCAGCGACUCUCCUGAGCCCACCUUAAGUUCUAACAAGAGUUCACCUGGCCCCAGCGAGCACGAGACCCCAACUACCUUCGAUGAAAUAACUCGAUCUAUUCAGUUAGCCAAUCGCGCCAGCACUGCCGGCAAGCCCAACUCUCUGCCAACGUCAAAAGAACAUAGCCGUGACAGAAUGUCAGUAAGCGGGAUAAGUGCUACUGAUCGCACAAAAAACCGGAUCAAGGGUCGCAUGGGCGUGGUGAUUGGAACCCUCUUCCUUCAAUCGGGAAGAUGGCCAGAUGCAUUGAAAGAAUUGGUUGAAGCCGCAACGAACGCCCGAGCGAGCAGUGAUUAUGUGUGGCAUGCCAAAGCCCUUGAGUCCAUUCUUAUUUGUCUUGUCUUAUUUGGAUGGGCGGGCAUGGAUUUUCAGAUACCCCCGAUUUGUUAUCCAGCAGUUGAUAAGUCCUCAAAAUCGCUUUAUAGCACCGCGGCCGACUCAGGGCAGUCUACACCAGGUCCCCGUGUCAUCUCUCUCCAAAACCUGGCCAACCUCUUACCAGAUCUUGCAAAUAAUAUUCUCAAUCUCUACACCCGCGCGUCCAUUAUAACUGAUGAGCCAGUGCCUCAGCUUGUGUUCUCGGAAACAGCCAUCCGGCUUUCGAGACUGAUGGUAGCUGCGCGCGUUCGUGAUGGGGCUUUGGAUGAUAAUGCAUUGAAGCAUAUCGUUAUGCAUGAGCCUUUACAGCCCUUGCAUCGGCCAGAACGUCCACGUGGAAUGGUCAUUCUUCGGCAAUCAGACAUCGCAAAUUUCUUAUUUCGUGCUUUGCCGCUUGCGCCCAACUCGGAUCUCCCAGCAACAGAUACUAUACCGAUUAUAGUUGGUGUUGUCUCAGCGUUGGAUGCACUCGACCUACCGAGAAAGAAAGCAUUCAUCCUGAGGGAGUUCCUGUCAAUAAUAGUCCCGACUCUUGUGCAGGCUCGUAAGAUUGGUGCCGCAGAAGUUGGGAUUCAUCCAGCUGCAGGAUUGGCUUCUCUUAGCGAUACAGCUUUUGAUAUCAAUGCCCUUGAUGUCGGUUCCGGUAAUAUGGAGAGAAGUAUGCGCGCCCUUCUAGGCGUUAUCGGAGAAACAUAUGGUGUGCAGCCCUCCUCAUCUCCCGAGUGGGAGAAGAAAUGUUCCUCGAGUGCCGGUCAGACCGAGUCCUUCCCUGAAUAUGACUCGGUUACUGCUAUUGUCGAGCGAGCCUUCCGUCAUGUGGCCUUGAACAGAUAUGGGGAUCUGAAUUUGAAGAUAGAUGCGCUGAAGGCAUGUAUCAAUUGCUGCGAAGCGCUUCCCGAUUUUACGGGCGUACUUCAAUUCACCGUCGAACUUCUCCAAACCAUCAAGGGGGGUCUAAUGCUUUCGGAGGAUCGUUACACCCCUCCUUCUCUCCCCCAGGAUGAGCAAAUCCACCUUCUCAAUAAUAUUAAGCGAACUGUUGGUGCCGCGAAUAAACUAGGCGCUUCAGAUCUAGAAGCAGAAUACUGGGAUGACUUCCUAGUUCGUGACGUCCGACUUCUCGCCCUUCCUGAUCCUAGAAGACCCGUUCGCCGACCGAAAUCACAACUCGACGCUGUCACAACGAAUGGUGAUAAACCUUCGAAAGACCCAUUUUUGUACAAUCCCUUCCUGAAAACAAGCAGCAAAAGUGCGGAGUCACUUAUGGUAGCCGGAGAACAGGCCGCUUUCACGGUAACUCUCCAGAAUCCCUAUGAAUUUGAGAUCGAGAUUGAGCGGAUCCGUCUCGAUGCUGAAGGCGUACCUUUAGAUGCUGUGGCAGAAUGGAUUAUACUCCCACCCCUCUGUCUACAAGACAUCACGGUUGUUGGUAGCGCCCCUAGCGAAGGAGCAUUGAAUGUGACUGGUUGCAUUAUCAAAGUUCGACACUGUCGCGAACGCAGAUUCCCAAUUUUCAACAAGCUAUGGAAACCAGAGAUUGGAAAGAAGUUCAAACGAACGGGACUCGCUGCCAAGCGGCCCAUGACUGAUCGGCCGCUGUCUUGGAGCUCGACAACCUCGAGAGACGGAAAGUCGCAAAUGAAGAAAGGCCCCGAGACAGCUUCCUGUGAAGUGAAAGUCAUUGGUCAACAACCGUCGCUUGUCAUUGAAUCGCUGUCGCUGUCACAGUCUGCAAUGAUGGUGCUAGAAGGGGAAACCAAGUCGUUCAGGAUUACACUGCGUAACACAUCGUCCUGCGCCUUAGAUUUCAUAACUUUCACAUUUCACGAUUCGACCACGAGGCAGAUCCAAUCCGCUCUGUCUAACAAAGAUCUGCUGCCGGUGGAGGUGUACGAGCUGGAACUUCAGCUUUCCACGAAACCAUCUUUGCGGUGGCGUCGUGAGGACUCAUCACCAGAUGACCAUACUAUACCUGCAGGCCAGGAUGCAACGUUCUCCGUCGAUAUUAUUGGCAAGCCAGGUUUACAAGAUACUACUGUGCAGAUUGACUAUUCCCAUAUUGGAUUACUCGGCGGCCAGCUGCCGGAGAUGUUCUAUACCCGCCAGCUAUUCGUUCCCCUUACUGUGACAGUGAAUGCGAGCAUUGAAGUGGCCCGCUACGACAUCUUGCCGUUCACCGGUGACUUUGCAUGGUGGAAUAGUCAAGGGUUAGAUAUGGGAUCUGCUCAGAGCAGUACUACUGAUAGCGAUCCAUUCUCUCCAGUCUUGUCUCAAUUGGGGCGUGGGGUGUACGGCUCCGAUCAUUGCAUUGUGCUGCUAGAUUUGCGAAAUGCCUGGCCAAAACCUUUGUCAGUAUCACUUCACGUAAGCGAGCAGCCGACCGUUUCUCCGACUGGAAUCCAAAAAGAGGACUCUGCUACCCUACAUGGUCAGUAUACCAUCAGUGGAGACCUUCAGCCCGGUCAAGUUACGCGGUUUGUGCUUGUCCUCCCUCGUGUAUAUGUGGAUAAUCCACACGCCUCGAUUCCGGUUCUGAAUACUGGCAUCAAGCGACAAUUUGUCGUAAGUGCCAACAAACUUACUUUCGAGGCAGAAGCGGCAUCACGGGAGGCUUUCUGGUUUCGAGAGGAGUUGCUCAAAAGGAUCUCAGGGACUUGGAAAGAGAGUGUCACGACUACUGGCCAUAAGGGUGUCAUUGACCUGAGAGGGUUACGGCUGAACACGCGAAUGGUGGACGCUUUCCGUUUGGAAGACAUCGAUACAAGCUUCUCUCUUCAGCCUUCGUUCGCAAGUGAAGAACGUCCAGUAGCUGCUGAAGGAACAAGUGGUCUGGUGCGGAUCGGACGCUCAAAAUACAAAAUUGAGACAGACAAGAUGCUUGAUCUCACCAUCACCGUGCGAAACCGCUCCUCAAAACCAAUCCAUCCCCUUCUUCGGCUCCAACCGAGCCUUCGCCAUCAGCCCAGUAAUGUUGCUCUUGAUCUUUCGAGGAGGCUAUCAUGGACUGGCAUGCUACAACAAGUGCUACCCAUCUUGUCCAGUGGCGAGAGUACGAGUGUUACCAUCGGAGUAACGGUCUUCUGUCAUGGAGAAUAUGAAGUCGGUGCUACUGUUGAGGAAGUGCGACUUCUGAGGACUCUUCCUGGAUUCGAGGCUGACCAGGGGGCGGCCAAUGCACCCAUCUUACAUGAUGAUGAGGCCAUUGAAGAUACCUUCGGACUGGAUGUUACGCGAAGAAGACGCAUUUGGCAUGCGAAAGAGACAUGCGUUAUGAAUGCUCGUGAUUGA